UAUUGCGUGAGACCAGAUGACUGAAGCUCUCAAACUUGUGAAGUGAAACUCUUCUGAUGACAACAUGCGGACUAUCUGGAGAGACUGCAAGGCUUGGAGUGACAAUGGUCUUCCCAUGUCUACGACGAAUAACGAAGCAUGUAAAUUAUAUGACGCCUCCCUAACACAGUCAUAUGGAAUGUAUAACGAACCGUCCGUUGGUGGACUAGAAAACUGUGUAAAACAAAUGCUUACAGCUGAUCCAGAUUUUGUUAUGGGCAAUGUGCUGAAUCACAAUAUGCAGCUUGGAGGAUGUGAGAAACCUCUCCAUUUAAACCCAGAGCUACAGAAAAAAAUCGCGCAACUAAAGUCCUUGAAAGAGAAGGUCAAGGCCAUUACAGAGAGGGAGGAAAGGCACAUUAAUGCCACCUGUUUGUUUGCUCAAGGAAAACGCUAUGAAGCCAUUCAGGCCUGGGAAGACAUUUUGAUAGAUUAUCCUACGGACAUGAUGGCGGCCAGGCAGUGUUUUCUGGGAAUGAUUAACCUGGGACUACAACAAGAAAACAAAGACAUAAUGACAAGAAUUUUACCUCACUUUUCUCUUGAAACGCCAGGAUACAGCACAAUUCUAGGUUGGCAAGCGUUCUGUUUGGAAGAAAAUAAUUAUUAUGACCUUGCAGAAAAAGUUGCAAAGAAGAGUCUGGAAUUAGAACGCCAUGAGACCUAUGCAUCUCACACUUUAUCACAUGUGUAUUUGAUGCAGGGAAUGCACGACAAAGGGAUUAAUUUUAUGCUGUCCACGGAAAGCGACUGGAAU